AUCAGUACAUGGGAUUAAGCUUGUCGGGGUCUGCAAGGUAGUAUAUAGUGUUUGAGCGUCGGAUAUUGUCUAAAUGAAAUCUCAACCAACGUUAGAAACUUAUGCAGGCUUUUCGAACCAGUCCAAUGGAAUACAGAUUUAUUAUUGUUUUUGUAUUCCUUCAUUUUGAGGCUACAAGUAAGAUGUUUUUUCAUUAAUCGGGGUUUAGAUUUGGUGGAAUGAUAAUUUGUGAUUACAUGCAUAAUAUGUUUUCAAAAGUGAUGAAGGUCAAGAAACCAACAAGGCUGCAUAAAUGUGUAUGUUUGUAACGCUACUGACUCUUACAACAUUUUAGCACUACUUGUGAUAGAUGGUGUGAUGUUUUGAAGCUAGGUAUUUAUUUAGAAUAAAUUCUUCUCAGAGAAAAAAAAACCCACACAUUUUAUACUUGACUUUUCCUGAAUGAAUCUCUUCCAGUGCUCGGGGAAAAUUUAAGACAUAAACUUUAUUCAAAAAUUUAUAUUUGACGAAUGGACCUCUAAAGUGUGGCGGUAGGACCUCUAUAAAUUGUUGUGAAUUGACCUCUAAAAUGUAAUCAAUGCACCUCUAAAAUUUGGUGAAGGGAACUCUAAAAUGUGGUGAAUGUGCCUCUAAAAUGUGGUUAAUUGACCUCUAAAGUGUGGCAAAUUUGAUUUUACCCUAAAUAAUGAAUAAAACUAUAAUGCAAUAGCGAGCGUACAAUUCAACUAUUUCUUAACCCAUGAUUUCUCAUAACGGUGGAACGUAGCUUCCAUUGUGCCACGGCAUGUACCGAAACUCGUAACCUAGUUUACCUCAUACACUAAAAAAGUGUAUGUGUACAUAUAUUUGUUUGAAUCGAUUUGAUACUUACGGAGUGAAUUUAUGCUACCUAAAUCGUGUAUUAGAAAUGUGAGAUCUCUAUUUUUUUUUUAAAUAAAAAGCAAUUUAAAUUAAAGAACCCUUCAAAUCAAAGAUGUUCGUAUUAAUACUAAAUAAAAUGUACUAUCGAGCGAUGGGGGUGGGGCUAAAAUUUGACAAAACAUGCAUACAAGUAACGGACUUUAAAGAAUCAAAAUUAAUGCUCAUCCCCCCCCCCCAACCCCCGAUGGUUCGCAAGGCAAAUUUUUUACGCCCCUGAACUAUUUUACUAUUCUAAUACCCCCUUGCUUUUACACCAAAGAUUUAAUACACCAAAAAUUUUAGAAAAACAAAAGAAAAUAUUACGCACCAAACGGACUUGCAAUAUUUUUUUUUUUUUUUUAAAGAAUCUCAUUUAGCGCAAUUAUCGGGAACAAAGGAACAACUGUUUAAUAGGGGUUUGAGUUGCGGUUGGGGUUAAGGCAGAUAUAGACAUGGGAUGAAAUGACAGCGUGUCAAGGCAGAUAUAGACAUGGGAUGAAAUGACAGCGUGACAAGGCAGAUAUAGACAUGGGAUGAAAUGACAGCGUGUCAAGGCAGAUAUAGACAUGGGAGGAAAUGACAGCGUGUCAAGGCAGAUAUAGACAUGGGAUGAAAUGACAGCGUGUCAAGGCAGAUAUAGACAUGGGAGGAAAUGACAGUGUGUCAAGGCAGAUAUAGACAUGGGAGGAAAUGACAUCGUGUCAAGGCAGAUAUAGACAUGGGAUGAAAUGACAGCGUGUCAAGGCAGAUAUAGACAAGGUAUGAAAUGACAGCGUGUCAAGGCAGAUAUAGACAUGGGAUGAAAUGACAGCGUGUCAAGGCAGAUAUAGACAUGGGAGGAAAUGACAGUGUGUCAAGGCAGAUAUAGACAUGGGAGGACAUGACAUCGUGUCAAGGCAGAUAUAGACAUGGGAUGAAAUGACAGCGUGUCAAGGCAGAUAUAGACAAGGUAUGAAAUGACAGCGUGUCAAGGCAGAUAUAGACAUGGGAUGAAAUGACAGCGUGUCAAGGCAGAUAUAGACAUGGGAUGAAAUGACAGCGUGUCAAGGCAGAUAUAGACAUGGGAUGAAAUGACAGCGUGUCAAGGCAGAUAUAGACAUGAGAUGAAAUGACAGCGUGUCAAGGCAGAUCUAGACAUGGGAUAAAAUGACAUUUUUUCAAGACAUAGAUAGUUUUCAGAGGAAGUUUGAGAUUCAGUAUUAAAUUUUGAAUAUAUUAAUUUUGAAUUUCGAGACUAUGCUAUGAAAUUAGACAAUUUAAUUGUGUUUUUUUAGGUGAUAUUUAAACUGAGACGAUAAGAUUAACUUAGCAAUUAAUUUAGCGAUGUUAGAGAUGAAGCGUGGACAUAUGAGAUUUCAUUUAAGCUAGAACACUCUGCUGGUAAAACUUAUGUUUUGAACAAGUUAUAUCUUAAAAUACGUGUACGUGAGGAUAUCACUCGAGUUAGAAAUCUGACAUAAUUUGAACUGGCACAGGUCCUAGGAUUGAGCCCGAUAUUUCUAAUAGGGUUAUCGUUAUGUUGGUGGUGUUUUUAAAGCCGUAAUCAACCAUUGAAAUAAAAACACAUCUUUACAUGUAAGCCGAUAACUUUUGCCACGAUGAUUUCAUUUUGAUAAGCGAGGCCCAAGGCUUGCUGUGUUAGAGCUUAUUAAUAUUAUUUAUAUCUGAGCAUUGUAUUAAUAUUGUUUUUCAGGUUCAGGUUCUGGUCCCGUACCGUGUCCCAGGUUAAAUUGUCCAGCCGUGAAUUGCCCGGCAGGGUUCGGAAUCUUUGCCGACAAGAACGGCUGUGCCGAAUGUAGAUGUAAGCCCACGUGUACCAGGACUUCCUGCCCGAACGAAUGUCCGGAGGGAUACUACCGGGACGAGUACGGCUGUCUGAACUGUACCUGCGUGUUUGUGUGUCCAUCCCUUCAGUGCUCGAACCCAUGCAAAUACGGUAACAUUUUUGACUCAAACAGAUGCCGGACCUGCAACUGCACCGUGCCCGUGUGCCCGGAUCUGAAGUGUCCCAAAACGUGUGAGGAUGGAUACGUCACCGACGCCAAUGACUGCAGGACAUGCGAAUGCAUCCCUUACGUCUGCCCGGUUCUCAGGUGCGAUCGGGUGUGCAUCAGAGGCUUCGUCAAGUCGGCCAAGGGCUGUGAGACGUGUGAAUGCGUGCAGCAUUGCUCCAGUGCAGCCUGCAAGGCUUACUGCAGCUCGGCGACAAAAUCCUCAAAGAACACAUGUGGAUGCCAAUGUAACGAUAGAGUCAGGGUGGGGUGAGGCCGUCUGUCGUCUAGGAUGACACCAAUGCAUGGGCCGACUUGUUAAGCCAUAUCAAUGGGCGACUUCACGUAACGAAAUAUGCUUUAGAAGACAUAAUAAUCUUGUACUGUUGGUGGCAAGAUGCCACCACCAACAGUACACAAUUGUGAAAUCAUCCAUUGUGCUGCGUUUGCGUGGUCAUUAUCACUUGUAUGUGUGUGUUGUGUCUGUGCCGACCAAAUCUUCGUCUUGGAACCCUUGUCGUUGUUCGCCCCUUCAAUAACGUUGUCUACACUCACCAUUCACCAAAACUCAAGCAAAUUUUAAUGUCUACCGCGAGUUACUAUUGAAAUGGAAUUGCCAAGAAAAAGUAAAGAAACUGUGCAAUUCAAAACUACUUAAAACUUUUUUGUCAUUGUUUCGCCCCCUGAUUUCAUGCAAUGUAAUGAAUCUAAUAAAUAUAUACAUUGGUCUAAGCCAUUUAUGUGCGAUCUCUUACUUAUAUUGGUUAGAAAAAAUGUAAGUUAUUCUAAGGCUUAAAAUGGUGCUAAGAAUUAAAAUUAGUAAAGAAGUUUAGAACAAUAAAUUUUUAAAAAAGUAUCUAGAGGAGGUAAUCACAACGGGUUUAUUUUUUUAACGGUUAUUGCCCUUUAAUAAAG